CUGCAGUUUGUGAUGGAAAAUUUAUGUUGACUGAUUCCUCUGGGUUUUUUCACUCUAUGAAUUAUCCGAAACCAUAUAAUGCAAAUAUCGUUUGCCAAUGGAUUAUAGCAGUGCCUCAAGGCUUAUCCAUUAAACUGAACUUCACUUCUUUUGACACGCAACAAUAUGCGGACAAUUUAAAUAUUUUUGAAGGUGUGGGACAAAACAAGAUUUUAAGAGCUUCUCUGUCAGGGACUAAUCCUGGGACAAUUUACGUUUUUUCUCAUGAGGCCACAGCACAGUUUAUAUCUGAUUAUUCUGAAAAUUACAAUGGCUUUAAUGCAACAUACACUACAUUUAAUGCAAAUGAACUAAACAAUUAUGAGAAAAUCAAUUGCACUUUUGAAGACAGCCUUUGUUACUGGAUACAAGAUUUAGAUGAUGAUUCAGACUGGGAGAGAGUUCAAGGUCCUACCUUUCCCUUUAUGAGUGGUCCUGAUUUUGAUCAUACAUUUGGCAACAUAUCAGGAUUUUAUAUUUCAACACCCAUAGGACUUGGAUUAGGAGAAGAGAGAGUCCGGAUUCUGAGUUUGCCUUUGGUUUCUUCAGAUACAUCUUGUUUAAGCUUUUGGUAUUUCAUGUAUGGUGCUGAUGUUUACCUUUUAAGAGUUAGCAUAAGUAAUGAACAUGGUUUGGAAAAGAUCAUUUUUGAGAAAGAAGGAAACUAUGGCGACAACUGGAACUAUGGACAAGUAACUUUAAAUGAAACAUCUGAUUUUAAGGUUAUUUUUGAUGCCUUUAAAAACCGUGGUGCCAGUGAUAUUGCCUUGGAUGACAUUGGGCUGACAAAGGGAAAGUGUGAUGACAAUAUUUACGUAGAACCAACUGCGAUUCCACCUGCUACUACUGCCCCUUUAGUUCCCACUGACUGUGGAGGGCCAGUUGAACUUUGGGAACCAAACACUACAUUCAGCUCUGAAAAUUAUCCAAACAAUUACCCUAAUCUAGCUUCUUGUGUAUGGUACUUAAAUGCUGAAAAGGGAAAAACCAUCCAACUUCAUUUUCAGAUUUUUGAUCUGCAAAAUAAUUAUGAUGUAGUCGAAGUCAGAGAUGGCAGAGGACCAAAUUCCUUACUUUUGGCUGUCUAUACAGGACAAGACCCAUUGCCAGAUGUCUUCUCUACAACAAACCAGAUGACAGUAACCCUCUUUACAGACAAAAGUGAAACAAAGAAGGGAUUUCUUGCAAACUUUACUACUGGGUACCAUCUAGGAGCUUGUUCAGUUGAUGAGCAUCAGUGUGGUAGUGGGGACUGCAUACCAUUGGAUAACCUUUGUGACAACCUACUUCAGUGUGAAGAUGGCUCUGACGAAGCAAAGUGCAUGAGAUUGGUUAAUGGUUCUCUAAGCACCGAAGGGCUAGUACAGGCCAGGAUUGGGAAGACAUGGCACCUGGCUUGUGCAGAUGAUUGGAAUGAACAGGUCUCAGACAGUUUUUGCCAGCUGGUGGGCUUAGGGGAUGCAAAUAUGUCAACAACUGUAUUAUUCACUGGAGCUGGACCAUUUGCCAAAAUCACCAAAGUAGCUAACCACAGCCUAGUAUUUACAAAAAGAGAACACUGUUUGAACAACCUGGUGGUUUAUCUGCAAUGUAGUAUUAAACCAUGUGGAAAACACCCAGUAACCGAGAACAAUGGAACAAGGAUUGCAGGUGGAAAUGAUGCCAGAAGAGGGGCUUGGCCUUGGAUAGUAUCACUCCAUUUUUAUUCCAGACCCACUUGUGGAGCUUCCCUCAUCAGCGAGGAAUGGCUGGUGACAGCAGCACACUGCGUAUAUGGGAGGCAAUUAAAACCAUCUCAAUGGAAAGCAGUUCUUGGCUUGUACGACCAAUCAGAUAUGACACAGCCUUCAACAGUAGUUCGAAACAUCGACCAAAUAGUUAUGAAUCCUCAUUACAUGAAGAGUACAAAAGAUAGUGAUAUUGCUCUCAUGCACCUUCAAUACAAAGUGCAAUAUACAGAUUACAUACAACCAAUCUGCUUACCAGAAAAAAAUCAACAGUUUUUACCAGGAAUUAACUGCUCCAUCGCUGGCUGGGGUAAUAUUCGGUAUGAAGGUCCCACUUCAAAUAUAUUGAAAGAAGCAGUGGUCCCUCUCCUUCCAAAUGAAAAAUGUGAACAAUUGAUGCCACAAUAUACGAUUACUGAGAAUAUGAUCUGUGCUGGAUAUGACAUAGGACAAGUAGAUACCUGUAAGGGAGACUCAGGGGGCCCUCUGACAUUUGAAGAUGGUGGCAAGUGGGUUUUGGUUGGUGUAACAUCAUUUGGCUACAGGUGCGCGCUUCCCAAACGACCCGGAGUGUACGUUCGAGUCACCAUGUUUGUGGAUUGGAUCCGAAAUAUCAUCUAUUAG